AUGCAUGUCAGCAGCAAAGAUAAAUCGGCUAACGACGAGUGCGCAAACUGCAAGAAGACAAGGGACAUGGUGGAAACGCUGCUAAAGUGUCCUUGGUGCCGGAAGUUCUUCUACUGCGGGAGUGAAUGCCAGAAAGAGCACUGGCCAGAGCACAGAAACUUCUGUCCUCCUCGUUCAAGUACAUCCAGCAAAGGGGAGAAAUUGGAGCUCAAGGCUAAACCAUUAGAGCAGAAGAUCCUUGAGACAGAGACUGAGGAACAGCGAAGAAUCAGGAGGAGAAAAGAGCUUGCAGAGAACGUGGAUGACGACGAUCUGCCUGAGGGCUGGACCAUGUGUUCCUCUUGUCAGAAUCCAGUGCUCAUCGCCUGGUUGGAAUGUCCUAGCUGCUUCCGUCCCAUCAGUGAAGUUGAAGACGAUAACCCUGUCUCCAACAUUCCUCCUAUACAGCUGGCGGAGAUGAAGAAAUCCGGGCACUACAAACUGGAAGACACCGAAGAGUUGAUGCGAGCGGCAGAGGACAACGACAUUCAGUCUCUCGAGAAUCUGAUCAAGAAAGGAAUCGACGUGAACUUCAAAAGCUCAGAGCUUUACGGGUCCUCUCCACUACAUUACGCCUCCAUCAGAGGAAGCGUUGAAGCGGCUCGCCUUCUCCUCGCUGCAGGAGCGAAAGUGAACAUUGUGAACUCUCAGAAAGAGUCACCUCUCCACUGGGCAUGCGAGGGAGGGAAGAAGGAAAUGGUUGAAUUGCUGGUCGAGCAGGGCGGCGACUGCAAGUUACGAAGCAACUUCGGAGAGACUCCGCUGGACUUUGCUAUCUCCUCCUGCAAUCUUGAGGUGCUGGACGCCUUGAAGAAAGCAGGCGUGAAGGUGGAUGACUGGAUGACUGAGGAUAAGAACAAAGUGUGGGAGGAAGAGGAAGAGGAUGAGGAUGAGGAACAGGGGGAGAAGGAGGACGAGGAUGAGGAUGAGGAUGAGGAACCAUUCUAUUUGUAUGAAAACGUCACCUACAACAAAACCGCUGAAAGAGAGUACAGAAGAGCACGUCUUGAGGAACAAGACAGGAAGUUUAAUGAGGAAAUCACUUCUAUGAAGGAAAAUAUAACACAAGGGUGGAAUGACAAGUUUGGCCUCCAGCAGAAUGAGAUGGCCCAGGAGCAGUCUGAAGAUUUUGGGACGCGAGACAGGGAGGAGCCGCCAUGGGCUGAGCAGCGGCGAAUCAUUCAAGAGAAGAUGGAGAAGGUUCGAAGUGACUUCGAGAAGAAGAUGGAGGAACGGGAUCAGUUCAUCGCUCAGGGGGGAGACGCAGACGACUGGCCCAUCUACAUCCCCACGGAUCAACCUGUGAUGAGUGUCGGACAGGUUGUGGACUGCGAGGAGGAACCGGGCCAAGCUAAACCGGGGAAGGAAGCCGCUGAGAUGAAGGGGAGUUGGGAUACAGUGGAAGGAGAGGAGGCAGAGAGUCUGAUACAGAAGAUGAUCCGAAGGGAGAUGCAAGAGAAGGAAAGGUCUGGUUGA